AUGCCUCACUCGCAGCGACAGCAGGUUUGCAGUAGGGGGCAGCGCUCCUCCCACCUCCUCCCCCUUUAUCUCACCCUCCUUUCUCUCGCCGUCCAGCUCAGCCAAGAAGCUAUUGAAAUCCCCCUCAACUACAACAUAAGUGAUCUUCAUACAGUCAAGAGGCCCCCUGUGAUCACAGGACAGCCAGGGUCUGUCACGGUCUUCGGUGUUGAGGACUUCGUCAUGAAAUGUGAAGCCUCUGGCAACCCGCCACCAAUUUUCCGAUGGACCAAGGAUGGAGAGGAGUUCAACCCAGGAAAUGACCCGGAGCUUAAAGCUACUGAGAAGUUAGGCUCAUUUGCAUUCUACACACUCAGUAAUACAAUGGACUCCCUGAGGCUCUACCAAGGCAAAUAUGUCUGCUACGCAUCCAACGAUUUGGGGACAGCUGUAUCUAACGAAGCUACUGUUAGCAUUGAUGUCCUCCCGACACAGCAGAAAGAAAAAAAAGUUGAUGUGAAGGCUGAAGAGGGAAACAGUAUGGUUCUCAAGUGUAACCCUCCACAGAGCUCCAUGGAGCCCAUCAUUCACUGGAUGGACUGGACGUUACACCACAUUGAGCUUAGUAAACGUGUGGUGGUAGGGAAGGAUGGCAACCUGUACUUCGCUCAUUUAACCUCAGAAGACAGCAGGAAUGACUACACCUGCAAUGUCCAGUACCUGUUAACACGCACCAUUCUGACAAAAGAGGCCAUCUCUCUGAAAGUCAACCCCUCCAAUUCAGUACUGCGUAACCGGAGACCACACAUGAUGACACCUUCUGGACUCAGCACCGUGUACCACGCCCUUAGAGGCCAAACAGUAGAGCUUGAGUGCAUCGCACAAGGCCUUCCAACUCCUGACAUGAAGUGGUUUAGGAAGGACGGUGAGCUGUCUGAGUCUCGGACAGUGAAAGAUAUGUUUGGUCGCCGCCUGCGCUUCACAAAUAUCUCAGAAAGUGAUGGGGGCGAGUACCAGUGUAUAGCUGAGAACACCCAAGGGACGGCCAUUCACACUUACAUGCUGACCGUAGAAGCUGCCCCGUAUUGGAUCAAGGAACCAGUCAGUGAGUUAUAUGCUCCAGGUGAAACUGUCAGACUAGACUGUCAGGCAGGGGGCAUACCCACUCCCACCUCCACCUGGACCAUCAAUGGGAUCCCCCUCUCAAAGACGGAUAAGGAUCCACGGCGCACUGUGACAGCAAGUGGAUCUUUGAUUCUAGAAGAUGUCAACUUUGGAGACACUGCCAUCUACCAGUGCCGGGCUUCUAACAAACAUGGAACCAUUCUGACCAACACCAAUGUCUAUGUCAUUGAGCUACCUCCCCAGAUCCUUACUGAGGACAGGAAAUUGUACUCACAUGCAGAAGGCCAGAAGGCUUUACUUGAGUGUGAGACCUUCGGCUCUCCAAAACCUAAAGUCAUUUGGGAGAGAGUGACCUCCUCUGUUCUGGCUGAUCCCAGAAUCAACCUGCUCACCAGUGGAGGGCUUGAGAUCUCCAACAUCACCCACGAAGACAAGGGCAUCUACACCUGCUCAGUGCAGAACGGCAACCUAUCAAUCAUUGCUGAGCUGGAGGUCUUCAACAAGACGGUGAUCGUGUCACCACCACAGAAUCUGAAGGUGCAGCCUGGAAACAUCGCAAUAUUUUCAUGCGUGGCCCUCAUUGAUCCCAGUCUCAGCUCUCCAGUUAUUCAGUGGCGGAAGAACAAUCAGAAGAUUUUUGAAUCCCACAGCGAUGAAAAAUACACAUUUGAAGGACCGGAUCUCAUUAUAGCUAAUGUGGAGCAAGCUGAUGAGGGUGUUUACACCUGUCAGAUCAUCACUACACUGGACAUGACUGAAGCCAAUGGCACUCUCACGUUAUGUGACCGUCCAGAUCCUCCUGUAAACCUCCACAUCUCUGAUCAAAAGCGGCGAGAAGUUUCUCUCAGCUGGACGCCUGGAGAUGACCACAACAGCAUUAUACAAGAAUAUGUGUUGGAGUUUGAAGACCAAGGCUCAAAAGAAAGAGGUUGGGAGGAGCUGAAGAGAGUAAGAGGGAAUGAAGAGCGUGCAGUCGUCACACUGUGGCCCUACAUGUCUUAUCGUUUCCGGGUAAUUGCCAUCAAUGACGUGGGGAAGAGUGAUCCCAGCGAAUCCUCUGAAAUACACAACACAACUGCUACAGCUCCAGACAUGAACCCAGAAGAUAUCUGGAGUGAGUCGACAGAUCCAGACACUCUGCUCAUCACCUGGAAGGAAAUGGACCGACGUAACUUCAAUGGACCUGACUUCCGGUACAAGGUGCAGUGGAGGCGAGCGGUGGGCAGUGGGCCGAAGUGGCACACCAGCAACACAACAGCCCCGCCAUUCAUUGUCAACGACGUUGGCAACUUCUCUGCCUUUGAAAUCAAAGUUCAGGCGGUCAAUGCGAAAGGCCACGGACCUGAGCCAGAUCCUGUCAUCGGCUACUCUGGGGAGGAUGUUCCACUCGAGGCUCCGAUGGAUGUGGGUGUCCUACUUAUAAACAGUACAACAAUCAAAGUGACAUGGGCUGCCAUAGACAAAGAAACGGUCAGAGGACACCUGCUGGGAUACAAGAUAUGCUUGAUCAGAAAAGGCUCCAGGGGCCACCACCGGGGCCGAAGGUCCAGGGAGCCUGAAAGCCGUGUGGUGGAGGAGGCUGGGCCCAAUGAUGUGAAGAAGGUCAUCAGUCACCUGAGACCGUACUCCCACUAUAUCCUGACUGUCUCUGUGUUUAACAAUAAGGGAGAAGGACCUCUCUCAGAGGAGCUCUCCUUCAAGACUCAUGAGGGAGUACCUGGCCCUCCCACAUCUCUGAUUCUGGACAGCCCAUCAGAGACAGAAAUGACUCUGCAUUGGAUGCCUCCUGCUCAGCCCAAUGGAAUUCUCAUUGGAUAUCUGCUGCAAUAUCAACAGAUGACAGAGAGAGAUGACAGUCCCAUGCAGGUAGAGACAAUCGAUGACUCCGCAGUCAACCACCUCACCCUGAAGGGCCUGGAUCGCAACAGCCAUUACCGCUUCUACCUGAGGGGUCGCACAGCUGCCGGAGACGGAGAGCCUAUCAAAAUGACUGGUGCCACCACGCUGGAUGGAGCGCCUCCUGCCAACAUCAGCGUGUCUGUGGGGGAAACCUCAGUCAAUAUCAGCUGGGUGUCCAAGAAGAGACACAGGAAUAUUGAAUUUGACAUCAAAUACUUCAACAAGGGUGUUUCUGGAUGGAAAAAGGUGAACUCCUCUCAGUCCUUCUACCAGCUCCAAGGACUGACUCCUGGAACUCAUUACAGUCUACUCUUUACGUACAAGAACAAAUCAUUCUGGGAGACUGACAUUAAGACAGAAGGAACAGAGGUGACACAGGUGCAACCAAGCUUUGCAACACAGGGUUGGUUUAUCGGUGUUGUGAGUGCCAUCGUGCUGUUGUUGUUGAUCCUGCUCAUCCUCUGCUUCAUCAAGAGGAGUAAAGGUGGAAAGUACUCAGUGAAAGAUAAAGAGGAGGGCCCGAUGGACUCAGAAGCCCGGCCAAUGAAGGAUGAAACCUUUGGAGAAUACAGAUCUCUAGAGAGUGAUCUUGAGGAGAAGCGGACAGCCAGCCAGCCUUCUUUGUGUGAGGCGAGCAAGCUGUGCAGCGAGGACAACCUGGACUUCAACGGGAGCAGUGUCAUUACCACAGAGGUCAAUUUAGAUGGGUCUCUGGUCAGCGAGGGUCAAGAAGGUUUCCACGGCCUUCCGGAUAACUCCCCACUCAACCCCACCAUCAUUUCCCCUUCCACUAACGGCAUGCCUAAUUCAGUCCCCAUUCUCGAUUAA